GAGGGUGUAUAGAGGAGGAACAUAAGGGAAGCUGGGAAGGGGCGCUAAAUUGGGCGGAGGAGCCAAAGCCAGAAGUGCCAAGUGCCCAUUCCCUGUCUCUGCUCCAGGGCUUGAACCGUGGAGAAACCCGUGGUGCAGACCUGGGAGCGGAGGACCCGGCGGGGGGUCGCGGGGACGCGAAAUCUCCCCGGAGCCGCAGUCGCCGCGCGGGGCGGCCUGGGAAAGUCACCAGUCAGCAGCGCAGUGGCGGGAACCGCAGCCCGGCGGCCCUGGAACCUCCCAGCCUGUUGACAGCCAGUUGUGUGACUGUGGACUUCUCCCAGGAGGAGGAGCAGUACCUGGACCCUGCUCAGAGGGCUUUGUACACAGAGUGGCUGUUGCAGAAUUGCAGUAGUUUGGUUUCUGUGGGGCUCACUGAUCACCCAGACCUGCUCACCUGUGUAGCAGAACAAAGAAGCCUGGAAGUUGGAGAAAGAGGAAACAUUAGCUAAGGCUCUAGGUAUGACAACAGAUUCUACAGAAGUAUUCAUACUAGGAGGCAAAUAAAAUUGUAUUUGACUAAGCAUGGCAGCAAGCCAUCGUUCAGUAUUCCUGGAAGAGAAACUCAAAGAAGAGAAACGGAAAGCAAUGGCUGAUUCUCCACUAAACAUGUCCCAGGGUCUGUUGACAUUCAGGGAUGUGACUGUGGACUUCUCCCAGGAGGAGUGGGAAUGCCUGGACUCUGCUCAGAGGGCUUUAUACAUUGAUGUCAUGUUGGAGAAUUACAGCAACCUGGUCUCCGUGGAGAACUAUUGCAUAUGUGAUCCUGUCCAUCAACAUGUGAAUAAUGAAAAGGAGUCUUGUCAGUGUAAUGAGCUUGGCAAAGUGCUUCACGACCUCUCCAAAUAUGCACUUUUUAAAACAAGUGAAACUACAGAAAACUCUAAUAACUACAGAUGCAGUAACCACAGGGAUGCCUCUAAUGACUCAUCAAACCCAAACAGACAUGAAAGCAUGCGCACUGGAGAUGAACCUUGCAAAUCUAAAGACUGUGAGAAAUCUUUAAAUUUGUGUUCCAACAUGACUCAAGAUCAGAGACUCUACACUGCAAAGAGGGAACACAGGCAGGGAGAAGAUGAUGACUAUCUCACCUUUGCAUACAGUCUUUUGCAACAAACAAUUGGAAAGUCACCAUACCGGUGUGGGAAAUGUGGAAGAUGCUUCAGUACUGCCUUGAGCCUCAGUGUAUCCCAGAGAAUUCAUGCUGGAGAGAAGCCCCACAAGUGCAACAUUUCUGACAAAUCCUUUACCCAUUACACAAAUCUUGAAAGACAUCAAAGAUUCCAUGCUGGAGAGAAGCCUUACAAAUGCAGUGACUGUGACAGGUUCUUUGCCCACUAUUCAUCAUUUAGAAGGCAUCAGAAAAUUCAUUCUUUAGAGAAAUUAUACAAAUGUAAAAAAUGUGGUAAGUCCUAUAUUGAAUUAUCACACCUUAAAAGGCAUUACAGGAUCCACACUGGUGAGAAGCCUUAUAAAUGUGAGGUAUGUGACAGAUCCUUUAACCAGUGCUCAAGUCUGAAAACGCAUCAAAGACUUCAUACUGGUGAGAAACCUUACAAAUGCAAAGAUUGUGGAAAGUCAUUUCCUCAGUUGUCAGCAUUUAAUAGCCAUCAGAAAUUGCAUACUGGAGAGAAGCCUUACAAAUGUAUGGAAUGUGACAAGUCUUUUGCCCACUGUUCCAGUUUCAGGAGACAUCAGAAAACCCAUACUGCUGAGGAACACUGCAGUUGUUCAGAAUGUGGCAAGGUCUUUCAUCAGCUUUCACACUUUAGAAGGCAUUACAGAAUCCAUACUGGUGAGAAGCUUUACAAAUGUAAGGUAUGUGACAAAUCCUUUACCCAGGACUCAUACCUUAGAAGACAUCGGAAAAUUCAUACUGGGGAGAAACCUUACAAAUGUAAGGAAUGUGACAAAUCCUUUACCCAGGACUCAACCCUUAGAAGACAUCAGAAAAUUCACACUGGGGAGAAACCUUACUCAUGCAAAGACUGUGGUAAAGCCUUUUAUCUGUUGUCAAGAUUUAAGGAACAUUAUAGAGUCCACACUGGGGAGAAACCAUACAAGUGCAACGAAUGUGGUAAGUUCUUUCAUUGGUUGUCGAACCUUAAAAGACAUUCUAGAAUCCACACCGGAGAGAAACCUUACAAAUGUGGAGAAUGUGACAAGUCCUUCACCCACUGUUCGAGUCUUAAGGCUCAUCAGAAAAUUCAUGCUGGGGUGAAACCCUACAAAUGUGAAGUAUGUGGAAAGUCCUUUUAUUGGCUGUCAAACCUUAAAACCCAUUCCAGAAUCCACACUGGAGAGAAACCGUACAAAUGUGGAGAAUGUGACAAGUCCUUUACCCAGCGAUCUCUUCUUACAAAGCACAACAGGAUCCAUACUGGAGAAAAACACGAACAUAAGAAACUUGUGAGAGUUUUUCAUGAAUGAUUAAAUCAUAGAAAUCCCAAGAGUUUAAACUGAAGAAAAAUUCUUCAGCUGUAGCAAUAUUUAAAAAAUCAUUCGUAAGAACAUUUUACUUGUUCAACCUCAGAAAAUUCAUGAGGAUAAAUUGUAAUCAGAAGAUUAAUACCAGAAAGAAACUACUUUUGUGAAAUCCUCAUGUCUUGUACAUUAGGAAUUUCAUAUCUUGUAAUUCCAUGCUAGAGAGCCCAAGAACUGCACUGAAUCUUUCAAAGUUUUUACCUGGUGUUAAGAUUAUAGCUACAUCUGAAAACUCAUCCUGAAGGGAAAACCCAGAAAACUCCUAACAAGAGCGUGAGAAACAUUAAAGACAUAACCUGUGAAUGUGACACAUGUACAUGCAUAUGCACAGUUAGGAAAUCCCAAAAAGUAUGCAGGAACACCAUUUUUCAGUCCUCAAGAAAGUUGGAGAAGUAUUUACUCCAACUGAAAAGCACAGUGAUUCACAUAGAAACACUAAGACAUACUCGACAUUAGACAAACAAGCGUGUUACAAAGAAGAAAACCAAGUGAGUAAGUGAAUUUGUCCUGUAUUUGAGUGGAGCAAGAUAGUUCUAUUUGAGUAAAUAUAAUAUUAUUCUUACUGACAUUUUGGUAAUACUACUAUUGGGAUUUGCUGAAAUGUAAACAUAGUGAUUUGUUUAAACUUGGGUACAUCCAUGCUCUCUUGCUUACAGAUGAUUUUAUGAUAAUGUGUAUCAGCUGUUGCUGCAUCAGUGCUGAUGAACCCAAGACAGGCGUCAGGGAAGUUAGAUAGUUAGGAACUGGUCACUAACCAUCUCUAACACAGAUCAAAUGGACCAACUCCUGAGGGCAAAUUCAGAGGAUCCUUGGGUCAAAGCUCUUCUUCGUGCAGAUGCCGCAGAGACCAAGGCCCCUCUGCUUGGUGACCUUUUGGUAACUACCCUGGUUCAUGACAGUCUUCCAGCCCAAGGAGAAUUCUGUCAUUGUGUGCCUGGGAAGACUACUCCUUUUUUACCACAUUCCCCUGAUUAUUUGUUACUGGUUCACUAUUUAAAACAGCCUUCGCCACCCGACCAGAAUCCUGUCUUGCAAUCCCUUUGAUUUCAGGCAUUAUUCUUCCCCUUUAUUUGUAACACAUGGUGUUUACCCAAAGUUCAGUUCUUUUUGUGUGUGGGCAGGAUUCUGAGGUCAUAGGUGCAGCCAUUGGAGCUUGCUGCCAUCUGCGCCCAGAAAUCUACUGUGUGUUUUAGCUCCAUGAAGAAUUAAUAGCCUAAGCAAACUUCACCACUAUAAAACAAAUGGAGAUGAGCUUUAUUUGCAGGAGAAGGAGGAAUACACUUACAUAUGAGGUAAGUAUGCUGGGCAGUAGGAAGAGGAAAGGGCUAUCCUGGCAUUCAGCAGGCAGAGGCAGGGGCAUCUCAAAAACAUUUUACAGAUCCCUGAAAAAAAUUGGCAAAUCCAUGGAAUUAGUGAUUUCUAUCUGGAUGUCCUCAAUGAAAUGUAUGUGGAAAAAUAGAGGUAUCAGAGGAAAAUAAAAUCGAAUCUUAGAGAAUGUAUAGUUGUGUUGAACAGUGUACGCCAUGAAACUCACACGUUUGCCAUCUUUGGAAAUGGUGAAUAAUAACUGUAAGUUUCCAUACUUAGUAAAGUAACAUUCCUCCUAUUGUAAUCUACGAUUUUUUUGUAAAAGCACAUGUAAUUUUGUAAUAUUUUGCAACUCUGUGUAAGGUGAUUUUUUAAAUAAAUAAAACAUCUGUGUUUAAUGGCUUUA